UGUGACGCGCAUGCGCUUUAGUUUCGCGUCUCCGGCUUGCCGUAGAAAAGCGAAAAUCGUCUGACGAGAAAUGUCACGCAUAAAACUGGUGUCGCUGCGGGCCGCGGCUCCGGCCCUGAUGAGCGGCUCGGUGCUGGCAGCUGCCGSUGAGGGCAAGAAGAAGAACCCGGAGCCGGUUCUGAGCAUCGAGGAGCUGCCGUCUCUGUACACCAGACCUGAACCCAGACCUCUGCAGGAGGAGCCGCAGGCGGGUCMGCUGGAGCAGAGCCUGGCAUCGCUGAGGAGCCGGGCCCAGCCCUACGUGGACCUGGGUCAGCAAACUGUCCAGUCUGUGGUGGAGAAARUGGAGGUUCUGAAAGCACAGCAGACCUACAGGACGAUGGAGCCCACCAUCAACACGUCACUGACCACCGUCAGAGAGACCUUUCAGUUCCUCAGGGACCCCCCUCCAGACCUGUACCCCAGCGUGGCCGUGGUCGGGUUCUCCGGUUUCCUGGGACUUUAUCUGGCCAAAGGCUCCAGGAUGAAACGUUUGGUGUUUCCUGUUGGACUCAUGGCUCUGAGCGCCUCCAUGUUCUACCCUCAGCAGGCAGCGACCCUCUUAAAGGUGAGUGGAGACUCCGUGCACACCUGGGCUCAGCAGGGUCGCGUUGCCAUGGAAACGCUGUGGAGAGACCCUCCGUUCACCAAGAAGAAGUCGAGGCGUCAGAGAGCGGAGCGAGCAGAGAGCGACGAGACGAACAGCUGAAGAAGAAGAGCUUCCUGUGACUCGUCCAGAGCUUUUAUAGAUCAGAGGUUUGUGUUUGAAACAGGAGGGAGGUCUUCCUGAGCUUCAUCUUCCUCUUUCCUCUUCAUCCCUACAAGGAAACAGAUCUGGGUUCUGUGCUGCUGGAGUGUAGAAACGUUCAUCACAUUUUUAUUUAACAAAUGUUUUUAUUUUCAGUGUUUUAUGGAACAAACACUAAAAAUCUGAACAGAUGAUUGAUUCAACAUGUGGUUUUUAAAGAUCAAUAUCUUACCUGUUWUAGAUAGCUCUUUGAGUUGUGAMCUGAUUGAUGAGCUAACAGCCAAUCUAAGCUAAGCUAUGAAAAAACUGACAUUUCAUAAAGAAAUGGCCAAACUUCAGCUACUUUUACAGAUAUUGAGCUAAAAGCUGGUGUGAUGGUAGCUGACAGUCAUCCCCAACACAGAAUCUGAGCUCUGACAGAAAACAGCUGAAAAUACUGACCACCUGCCGGGACUAGCCUUUAGCUCCUCAUUGUGGUGACAGGUAAACUGAACAGGUGUUUUAAUCUGAAACAUCAGCUGAACUUCCUGUCUCAGAUGUUUCAAUAAAUUCUGAAAUAAAAAUAAAUCAUGAAAAUAUGAUUUUAAAUAAACUGAUUGAUGUUUA